GCCGUGAGGGCAGCGCCGACGCCUUCGCCCCUCCUGGGCGCUGGGAGAGGGCGGCGAGGACACCGCCCGCUGUCCCUGGGCUCCGCUCCCCGCCCCGCCCCGGGCGCGCAGGUGUCGCUCGGGGUGGGAUGGCCGCGGUGCCAUGGCGGGGGCUGCGAGGGACACCCCGGCGGGCGAGCAGGAGGGCCACAGGCUCUCGAUGUGCAGCAAGAUCUGCUACGCCAUAGGAGGGGCCCCAAACCAAGUGGCAGGGAGUGCUGCUUCCUUCUUCCUGCAGAUCUACCUGCUAGACAUAGCCCAUAUUACUCCAUUUCAUGCCUCUUUGGUGCUGUUCAUUGGCAAAGCCUCAGGUGCAGUUACCGAUCCUGUUGCUGGCUUUUUUAUUAGCAAAAGUAGAUGGACAAAAAUUGGCCGGCUCAUGCCUUGGGUGCUGGCAUGUACACCCUUCACAAUAAUCUCCUAUUUUUUAAUGUGGUACCUGCCUCCGUUUGUCUCAGGAAGAGUUGCUUGGUACCUGACUUUCCACUGCCUUUUCCAAGCACUGACCACAUUAUUCCAAGUACCAUACUCUGCCCUCACCAUGUUUCUCAGCACGGACCAGAAGGAUAGAGAUUCUGCAACAGCAUAUAGAAUGACCAUGGAAGUGCUUGGGACCUUGAUUGGAGCUUCACUUCAGGGGCAGAUUGUGGCCAGUGCUCAUGUCUCUCCCCACUGCACUGUGAAUCCCUCAGUAAACACCACUGACUCCUGGCAUGACACUCCCAGCAUUCCAGACCCCUCAGAUCCUCUGUCUCAUCAAGCCAAAGUUUACAUGAUUGCAGCAGGGGUCAUAGCAGGUGUGUAUCUCCUUGGAAUUGUCGUUCUUUUUCUUGGAGUAAAGGAAAGGGAUGAUCCUUAUGCCUUAAAUUCAGACAGAGCAAUUCCUUUUUGUAAGGGGCUUGCACUCACCAUGAAGCAUGGUCCAUAUGUGAAGCUUACAGCUUCAUUUCUUCUCAUCUCGACAGCAGUUCAGCUGGAGCAGGGAAACUUUGUCCUGUUCUGCACUCAUGCUGCUGGCCUCCGCAAUCACUUCCAGUAUUUGGUGGUGACCAUCUUGGUAUCAGCAGUGGUGAGCGUUCCCUUCUGGCAGAAGUUUCUGCAGAGAUUUGGCAAGAAGUGUGCAGCAUGUGGGAUUUCGUGGAUGAUUCCUUUUGCAGUCAUGCUAGUGACCAUUCCAAACCUGAUCCUGGCUUACUUCGUGGCCUUCGUCUCUGGUCUGAGCAUUGCAGCAUCUCUUCUGUUGCCAUGGUCAAUGCUGCCUGAUGUUGUUGAUAACUUUCGCCUGCAGAAUCCCCAUGGGAAAGGACAUGAAACCAUUUUCUAUUCUUCUUAUGUUUUUUUUACCAAGAUGUCAGCAGGAAUUGGCUUAGGAAUUUCUGCAGCAGGACUGGAGUUUACUGGGUACAAGCCAGGGAUAUGCAGACAGUCAGAUGAUGUGAUCCUCACACUGAAACUCCUGAUUGGAGCAGUCCCUGCCAUCCUCAUCCUUUUAGGUUUGUUUAUACUCCUUUUCUACCCCAUCACUGAAGAAAGUCGGAAAAAAACAAAGCUUGCCCUUGAAGAGUUAAGGAGGAGCCACCAAAGCACAGAGAACUUGGACAGCCACGAAAAGGACACCUCUGUCUGAAAGCUCUGAAUGCAGUGGCUUUCCAAAUACAGACUCACAUCCCACCAACAAACUCUGUGAGAGUUUUCUAGGUCAUUUCUCCACUCACAUUUUAUCAAAAGGGACAAAGGGUGGUUCUGACAUAGCCAGUAAUGAAAUCAAGAGAGGACACCAUUGUGCAAAUAUACACCUAACUCCAUGCACUGUGCUAGAAAAGACAUUAGACGUGUUCAAAAAUGCAAGCUAUUGAAGGCUUGGGGAUUUUGUUUGUUUUUUUCAAUGAUUAAUGGGAAGCUGUGAUCUUGUUCAUGAGACAUUUUAUGCAUUUGUAACUUAAGAGGAAGAAAAAAGAGUAAAUGUGACCAGAGAAUCUUUGAAGGUUCUGAAUUGGAAAAUACUCUGAAGGGUCAUUGAGUCCAAUUCAUGAUGCACCAUCCAAACAUUAACUCACAAUAUACUUCACCCUUGGGGGCUGGGGUGGAUUUUGAGCACAAUCUCUACCUAUAACUUGCACACUCUUGUGUCUGGAAAGCACUUGGGAACCUGAAGUAUACUACAUGAAGUUAGGAUUUAUUUGUUUUGAAAUGUAGCAAAUCGCUCAUGCAGACAUAUUUUGAGGAUUUUUUUUCAUUUUUUUGAAAGAGAUUUUGAGGUAAUCUAAGUUUAUAGAUUCUACAAGAAGUAGAAUCCUGCAUUUCCAGUUACUGAUGUUUCUUGCUUCUGAAACCUGUAAACUGAUCUCUGUCAGAGAAUGAGAACUUCAAGUUUUCAAAAUUAACAUCUCCCCUGAGGAUAUGAAAAAUAAGUAGUCCCUUCCAAAAAUUAUGUAAUUCAAUUUUUCUUUAAAUUUUGGCCUUUAACUUACCACCAUACCCAUUUCUCUCUGCCUCACAAAAAACCAUGGCAUGGGUAUUAAUCUCAGCUUGCACCUAUUUUGUAAUAAUGAAGCUACACCAGUCUUUUAAAUUGUGAUUUUUUUUCAGUCAGGGAUGUUAUCAUGCUUUAGAUACAUCAACUUAUUUCUACUAUAGAUUUAUACUGUUGAGCACACUUUUUAAAUGAAAGACACACCUAAUCUCAGGCACCUUCUGGAGCACUGAAGUUCAGACCUGUUCAUUCUUGGCUUCUGUGGUGGUUCCAGAGAAUGGACACUCCAAGCCUAAGCUAAAAUGAUGGGACUCUGAAGACAUAUCUAAAUCUGGAAGGAAGAGUGAGCAAUUCAAGAGGUUUGUUCACCUUGAAGAAAUUAGCAAUGCAAGACAAGACAUGAAUUUCAUCCCACUGCCCCUUCCCUGAGCGAGUCUGUGAGUGCCUUUUUGCUGCACCAGAAGUGCCUUUGGAGGACAGGCUUGCUGCUGUUCGGGAGCACCUGGAGGAAGGGGCCACCUGAAAUUUGCCCAGGGCCAUCUGGGAAGUGGCUCAUAGUGCUGGGCUGGAAAAUUGGGAAAGAUUUUGCUGAAGGACACUGGGAUGUAAAAUCGGUGCAACCAUGAAGCAUCUCAUUACGUUUGAUACUGAAACCCUGUCAGGCAAAUUUGAAGUAGAAGGCCUUAUGAACUCUCCUCAAAAUGCUUAAUUAUGAGGAAGCUUCUAAGGGUAUAUUUUGAGUGUGUGUGGGUAAGAAUUAACUUCAUUUAAGAUUUCUGUUUACUUGCCAUCCAAGGCUGGGGUUUUAUGUUUUCUUCCUUGUUUCAGUUUUUGGAGAAACCAAGAUAUGUAUGCCUGGGGCAUAUGUGUUUACAACAAUAAAAACCAUAAGCCUGUUUACAA